CAUUGUUUGAAUGAAAAAAGAAAAAACCUCCGAAACGGAUAAUCUUAGCAAUUUGCUUGAUUGCAUCUUUAUGCCGUUCAAAAAGGAAAAAAAAAGCAAUUUGCUUGAUUGGGUAGCCUGUCAAGUCUUCUACGACUCUCAAAAGCGAACUAUCAGCUACAUAUAUACGCCUGCACGUCAAUUGUACUUGGUCUCUCUAAAGAGAAAUCAGUCCUCCAAUUCAAUUACAGUGAUCUACAAUGGCUGAGCAAUCCAAGACGAUAGAGCACAAGGCAUUCGCCCGUGUUGGCCUUCUGGGGAACCCAAGCGACGUUUACUAUGGUCGUACCAUCUCUUUCAGCCUCGGCAACUUUUGGGCCACCGUUCAAUUGCAGCCCUCCGAUGAUCUCGUCAUCAACCCCCAUCCUAAACACGAUCUCGUCCAAUUCUCUUCCCUCGAUCACUUGGUGAAUCGGUUGCAAAGUGAAGGCUACUAUGGAGGAGUGCGAUUGCUGAUGGCGAUUUGUAGGGUUUUCCAUAAGCAUUGUAAAGAGAACCAGAUUAAUCUUCAUAGCGGGAAUUUCACUCUUUCUUAUGAUACUAACAUUCCUCGUCAGACAGGGCUUUCAGGUUCUAGUGCUAUUGUAACUGCGGCCUUGAACUGCCUUCUCGAUUUCUACAAAGUCCGUCAUUUGAUCAAAGUUGAAAUCAGACCUAAACUGGUUCUUAGCGCUGAGCAAGAACUUGGAAUUGUUGCUGGCCUACAAGAUCGAGUGGCCCAGGUCUAUGGAGGCCUCGUUAAUAUGGAUUUUUCUAAGGAAAAUAUGGAUAAGUUAGGGCAUGGCAUCUACACUCCCAUGGAUAUUUGUCUUCUUCCACCUCUCCAUCUCAUCUAUGCGGAGAAUCCAAGUGAUUCUGGGAAGGUACAUAGUACGGUUCGGCAGAGGUGGCUUAGUGGUGACAAAUUUAUUAUAUCAUCUAUGGAAAAAGUUGCAGAGAUAGCCUUAGAAGGACGAACUGCAAUUCUUAACAAAGACUAUGCCAAACUUGCAGACCUGAUGAAUCGUAAUUUUGACCUUCGGAGGAGCAUGUUUGGGGAUGAUGUUCUUGGUGCUCUAAACAUAGAAAUGGUAGAGGUGGCCCGAAGGGUAGGAGCUGCUUCAAAAUUUACAGGCAGUGGAGGAGCUGUUGUUGUAUACUGCCCUGAGGGGCCUUCUCAAGUAAAGCUUCUAGAGGAUGCUUGCCAAAAAGCUGGGUUUGUCAUUCAACCUGUGCAAGUUGUUCCCUCACUCCUUAACGAAGUUGAUCUGAAGACCCUUUCAUAAAUAGGAACGUUUUAAGACCAGAAAUCUGGUCUGUUUCCCUUUUAAUACAACACAGUAACUUCAUCUCCUCCAUUUGAUAAUGACCUUUCUCCCAAAGCCAUUAUGAACCUUCAUUGUUGCUACAUAUUCCAUUUAUUUGAAUCUUCUGAUUAAGUUCCUUGCUA